AAUCGAGAUCACACUGAGUCGCUGUCUGCAUUAAUAGCUAUCAUCUCCAGUAACCUAGACUUCGGUAAUGAUCUUUCUUGGCAUCCGCUCGUGCCGCAUCGAGUAGUUAGUGCAAAACGAGCUGCAAUCACCCUUGUAGAAUCACAGUCGGCAGCUAAAUCGGAAGGUGCACGGUCUGGUUCGCAGAUAGAGUCGGCCACUCUGGAGCUCUCUAAACGACUGACUCUCUUGGAGUUGCGUGAGGUGUGUUAA